GGCGGAAGUAGUAAGUUGAAGGCAUUCCUCGCACGUGUGUUGUUGACUGUUGAGUCACACAAGCAGCAGCGUUGUUACCUGCAACAUGGCAAAAGAUUCGACGAAAAAGCGGAACGCGAGGUCUCGCAAGAAGAGUCCUAGGGUUCCAGUUGACAGUCCCGACGUAAGCUACGAUUUCGACGAAGAUGGCUUGGAUAAAGCUGAUGAGACUAUCGCUAGCGACGCGGAGGAAGACAGCGACGAUGAACGAAAACGACAAAAGCUGGUGGAGGCUAUCACCUCCCUCGGUGGAACGAGGCGGAAGAAAAUGUUCGGGGAGCGAUCGGAGCCGGCUGUCCAAAAGUCGGAAUUUACGGUCAAUGCGGGGGGAGAGGGUGUCAAAAUAAACUUGACUGAUCUAAUGAAGUCCAUGCACAAAAUCUCGGCUAUCUCAAGCAAGGCCAAGAAACAGCUGAAAAAACUGCAUCAAAGUAAGAAAACCGUUGAAUGUCCUAUUACCACGCAGGAACGUGAGAGGAUCCAGAGAGAUGUGGCCUUUCAGAAAGUCGCACAAGAGGUUACCCAGUGGCAAAGUGUGAUUCAAGACAACCAGAGGGCCGAACAGCUUGUUUUCCCUUUGAAUCAGGAGCCCUCUGGCCCUAAACCUUUGGAAAGGGUUGUUACAUGCUGGAAAGCACAAACUCCCCUUGAACAGGAAAUAUUUUCCCUCCUGUCUGCCAACAACCAACCGACCACUGACCCUAUUUUAACCCCCGCCGAGGAGGCUUCCAUGAGGGCGAUGAGUCUGUCCGAGGUCAAGAUACGCCGUGCUGAGCUGCAGAAAGCCAGGGCUCUGCAGUCCUACUAUGAGGCCAAAGCUCGGAGAGAGCGGAAGAUCAAGAGUAAGAAAUAUCACAAAGUGCUCAACAAAGCAAAGCGCAAAGAUUUCCUCAAGCAGUUUGACGAGAUGGUGAAGAAAGACCCGGCUGCUGCUUUGGAGGAGAUGAAUAAAAUGGAGGCGGCCAGGAUGCAAGAAAGGAUGUCGUUAAAACAUCAGAACAGUGGCAAGUGGGCCAAGUCCAAGGCGAUCAUGGCAAAAUAUGACGAAGCCGCUCGCAAAGCGAUGCAGCAGCAGCUGGAGGUGAACAAAGACUUGACGCAGAAACUUGCGAUCCCUUUAUGUAAUGAGGACGAGGAAGCCGAAACCCCGGAGACUUUGCCGGAUUUUGUAAACGAAGCACCGCAAGGAACAGAUUCAAAUCCCUGGAUGAAAGGAAAGCUGUCCGAAGAUCCUGCCGAGAACGGGCGAGACGCGAACGAGGUCGUCGACUUCACCGCAAAGUCGACCGGAAGCGCUGCAAAACUAGCAGAAGAGGAGGAAAGUGAUGUUGAGGAAACUGAAGAAGAAUCCCUGCUGCGAGAGUUUGAUAACCGUCGGAAAAUGCGGCAGGCUUCUGACACUCUUCAGGUUGAAAAAGAGGAUUCCCAAGUGUUGGUGUUGAACGGGAAAGCACCCGUCUUUGAGGAGUCUGAAGACACCAGUGUUCACCUGUUGGAAGGACAGACGGACCAAAUGCAGGCUUUCGAGUACAUGGAGCUCCUCAAUCAAGUGGAGUCAGUUCAACCCGAGAAAGCGCCCGUCGAGCCGCAGCUGUCCUCGGACCGAGCGCCGAAGAAACUGAAAAGAGGAAUCCAACUGAAAGAUGUUCUCACCAAAGACGCAAAUAUCAUUCUUAUGCCGCUCGCGCCGACCGCCGCGGCCAUGGAGGACUCUGACGAAACGCUCGAUCAAGCGGGACUCAUUCAGGAAGCCUUCGCCGGAGACGACGUCAUCUCGGACUUCAUGAAGGAAAAGAGGAAGCAGGAGAACGCGGAGAAGCCGAGCGCGGUGGACUUGACGCUGCCCGGCUGGGGGGAAUGGGGAGGGUCGGGCGUCAAGCCCUCUCUCAAGAAGCGCAGGAGGUUCCGAGUUAAAACGGAGCCGCCUCCGCCCAGGAAAGAUCAAAAACGGCCCAAUGUCAUCAUCUCCGAGAAGCGAAACGCCUCGCUCAGCCUUCACCAGCUCAGCUCGCAGCCGUUUCCGUUCACCAGUCACGCUCAGUUCGAGAGCACCUUGCGCUCUCCCCUGGGACGGACCUGGAACACCGAACGCACCGUCAAAAAGCUCACCAAACCCGAAGUGCUCACCCAGCUCGGUGCCAUUAUCGAGCCGAUGGCUCGGGAGGAGCUGAAGAAGGACAAGAACACGCGUGCUGGCGAUUGGUGUGGGGAGCGACUUAAAAAAUAGCCAUUUCUGAAUGCUCCUAAGUUUAAAAAAAAAUAAAAAUAAAAUCUGUAUUAAUUAUGCAUGUACCAUCACAGCACAUUUUGAACAUUUGAAUUGAAACAAAUUAGUGAAGUCCACCCCCCCCCCCCCCCCCCCCCCAACUUCAGCCUUUCCAUUUAGUUUCAAUUGUACUAUCAUCACUUGGCUGUAUAAUGAAAAUGAAUACUCAUGGGAUUUGUCGUGUUUCCAUUUGCCACACAAUCAUGCAGGAACAGAACACAUAUUAACAGUACAUUGUGCUUUGAAGAAUUUGCAAUAAAGAUGCGUUAUUAGUAGGAAGUAAAUUGGAGUGCAGUGG